UCCGAGAAACAACUAGAAGUUCAGUCCAAUUGUACUUGGAACUAGCACGCCCACGUUAGCAAAUAAAUUAGUUUUGGCCCAAACCCUAUCCCAAUAUUUGCAACAAUACUGUGCUCCAUUAGAUCAGCUUCUAUCUUCGGCGGAAAACACCUCUGCACCAGCAACGUCACGAAUGACGAGUCCGUUAUCCAACCCAUGGCGAUGCCUGCAUCCGCCCACGCAAAUUCCGCCCGCCCGCCUCGGCCAGCCGCCAAAAUUUUCAUAGUUUAGUUACGAUUUCGAAAACGACCCGACGCGUCCCGCCGCCGGCGACAAAACCGCCCGAUUUCUCUGACGAAUCCAGUUUCUUAUAACCUUCGUCAAUCAAGUUCUCGAACGUCCUGUUUAGCGAAUUAUUUUGUACUUUUAAGUGAAAGUGUUUGACUUGAGUGUUUCGUGACACUAUUGGAUUAUUGACUGUUUCUAUUUCGUUUGGUUGAAGCCUAUCAUCAGAGCGGCAGUAUUGGUCCAGCCGCGAGCGUAAUGUUCCCAAGCUAACAAUGGGGGUUACCGACGAUUUAGCCCCUAGCUUCACGCAGAAGCCACAGCUGCGACAGGAAGACGAUGGCAACAAACUCGUCUUCGAAUGCCAGCUGGUCGCAUCGCCUAAACCGGAGAUAUGCUGGUUUAGGAGCGAUGAACUGCUCAAAGAAGAUAAUAGGACCAAGUUCAAGAUCCAGAGCAUCGCCAACAACAAGUUCCUGGUGGUGCUUGAGUUAGAUGACGUGAUCGAGACCGAUGCGGGGCUGUACAAAGUUAAGGCUAAGAAUAAGAUGGGCGAGGUGGCCGCUUCCAUCAACCUUAACUUCAGCCCCGCUGACGAAGAAAAACAGAAACAAGUGGACGGUAAAGCGCCAACUUUCGCGCGUAAACCAGCCAUCAGACAAGAAGAUGAUGGCAAGCGGUUAAUAUUCGAGUGCCGCAUUGAAGCUGAACCCCUACCCCAGGUCUCCUGGUUCCACAGUGGCGUGGAAGUCAAACCUGGAGCCAGACAUAAGUUAACCGUGAGCAAGGAAGGAAAAUCCUAUUAUGCAUCACUUGAAAUCAACAACGUAACAGUAGAAGAUGCUGGUAAAUACAGGGUGACGGCAAAGAACGAACUGGGCGAAAGCAAUGCCACAAUCAGUUUGAACUUCGAUAGCGACGAAGCGCCCGUACCUGAGGACUUUAUCAAACCGACAUUUACGGAGAGACCAGUCAUCAGGCAAUCGGAUGAUGGUACCAAAAUCUCAUUCGAAUGUCGAUGUGUUGGCAAACCGAAACCAACCAUCACAUGGUACCAUGGUAAAAAGAUGAUAAAAGAAAGUAGUCGAUAUAAAAUAACGUUAGAAGAGGACCAAACAUUAUAUCACAUGGCGCGACUCGAAAUCUUAGGCGUUGAGAAUUCGGACAGAGGAGAAUACAGGGCUGUAGCGAAAAACAAACAUGGUGAAGGCGUAGCAAAAAUAAACCUAAACUUCGAAGGCGGAGAUAAACCAAAAAUACCCGACGGUAAAGCACCGAGAUUCCCUAAAAAGCCGACCAUUAGACAGGAAGGCGAAGUACUUAUAAUGGAAUGUAUAUUAGAAGCAUACCCAGCUCCAGACAUCACGUGGUUCCACGGAGAUAAAGAAAUUAGGGAUGGUGCAAAAAUGAAGAUGUCCAGAAAAGCCACCGGAAAAGAUACAUUUAAUUUGACGUUAGAAAUUUUAGGCCCCACGCGGGAAGAUGGGGGCAAUUAUAGGUGUAACGCCUUCAACUUGUUUGGCGAGAGCAAUGCCAAUAUUGCUCUCAAUUUCCAAGGUGGGGAUGAUGAAAAUGGUUUCCCACCAUCAUUCGUGGAGAAACCCCGAAUCAUUCCCAACGAGGACGGCACACUCAUUACGAUGCGUUGUGUCUGCAAAGCAAAGCCGGCGGCCGAAGUCACGUGGUACAGAGGCACGACCGUCAUCAAGGCUAGUAGUAAAAUCGAAAUCAAAUCAUCCGAUAUGGGUGAAGACGUUUAUGAGUUAUUGUUGCUUUUGACAAACCCGACGGCAGCGGAUGGUGGCUCUUACCGCUGUCACGUCAAAAACGAAUUUGGCGAAAGCAACGCUAAUCUCAACCUGAACAUUGAGGCUGAACCAGAACCGGAAGGUGAAGGCCCGACAUUCGUCGAGAAGCCAACGAUUCAGUCCAAGGACAAUGGCAAAUUAGUUAUAAUGGGAUGCAAGGUCAAAGCUAGCCCGCGACCGACGAUCGUGUGGUACCACGAGGGUAAAGAAAUCAGGGACUCGUCGAAAAUUAAGACCAGGGUUGAGGUCCACGAGGACGUGUACACAAUCAUAUUAGAACUUAUCGAUCCUGGUAUUGAAGACUCCGGAUUGUAUAAAUGCAACAUUAAAAAUGAACUUGGAGAGCUCAAUGCGAAUCUUACGCUCAAUAUUGAAAUCAUUCCAGUUAUCAAAGAGAAACCAAAGAUCAUUAAGAUAGUUAAGAAGAAGACUGUUAUUGUUGAAUGUAAAGUAUUAAGUAAAUUUGCACCUGCAUGCACAUGGUUCAAGGAAAAUACUGCUGUCAAAGAAGGCUCUAGGCAUACUGUGCUUAUUGAGCCAAGCAGAGAAGGCGAAUUCACAGUCAAAUUGGAAAUCUCAAACGUGUCACAAGUGGACAAAGGUUCAUACAAACUGGUGGCCAAGAACGAGAAGGGAGAGGCGACAUCACAGGUCGUCGAGAUCUCAGACAUCCCAGAAGAAAAGGGUGACAAACCACAGAUCAUUAAACAUCUUAGGAGCUUGGCCCGCAAAGAAAACGAGGAAGCCGAAUUUGUGGCUGUCCUGAAGACGUCAGACCAGUCGUGCAGAUGCACGUGGUACAAGAACUCGACAGUCAUCAGAGACUCCUCGGAAGUGAAUACAUCGUUCGAUGGCACCAACGCCAGGCUGAUUAUCAGGAAGGUGUCCACUAAAUACGUCGCUAACUACAGAGUGGUGAUCAAGAACGAAUACGGAGAAGACGAGUCCAGUGCAGACUUGACUAUUGUUGAGGAAAAGAAAAAGAAAAAGGAGGAAGAGGAAGAAGAGACGACUGUCAUUGAGGAGUCUGAAGAAGAAAUGUCGAUAGUGGAGGAGAAAUCCAUUAUUGAAGAAAAUCACGUCGAAGAGAAAAAGAAGGAGGAAGAAAAGAAAUCUGUAAGAAAGAUGUCACAGAAAGAAGAAGUUAAAGUAGAACAAAAGAAAGAAGAAGUUUCGAUUGAAGCAAAGAAAACAGAAUCUAAAGUCGAAGCCAAGAAAACUGAAAGCAAAGUUGAAGCCAAGAAAACUGAAUCAAAGAUUCAGGAAACCAAAAAGGCUGAACUUGAAGCUGAAGAAACUAAAAAGAUAUUCGAGAAGAGGCUUUCAAAAUCUGAAGAAGAAAAGAAAGCGCUUCUUGAAAAACUUGAAAAGAAGAAACCUGAACCUGAACCGGAAAAGAAAAUUGAAGGCAUUCCAAAACUUAGGCCCACUAAGCCUAAGGAAGAACCAGUUGAGGAAAAGAAAGAAGAAGUUAAGAAGAAGACCGAAGAAAAGAAAAAGGUGGUUAAGAAGAAGGUCGUCGCUAAAAAGGAAGAGGACGAAAUCGAGUUCGUCGAUGAUUACGAGAGACCUGUUUUGGAGAAAUAUGAAAAGAUUACACCGACGCCGCUUGAUAAAAAAGCUAAAGAGGAUCACACACCAAAGGGUAAACGCGCAUCUAUUGCGGAAAGCGUUAAAAGUGAACAAGAUAGUGAGGAGGAACCGUCAGUGGCAGCACCUGCUCCUGAGAAAAAACCUAAAGUUGAACCUGCUAAGGUUGAAGAAGAAAAGACUGAACCACCAAAGCGGCCUAGUAUCAAAAAGGGUGUACCAAAACCAGAGGAGCCUGUUGACGAGUUAUCUAAAGUUAAACUCGGCAAGGCUCCUUCUAAACCAGAAGAAACUAAACUCGAGGAACCACAGGUUGCAAAGACCAAAAAACCGGUUAAGAAGCCGGAGGAAGCCGAAUUCGUGGAUGAUUACGAAAGGCCUGACCUCGAAAAAUACGACAAAGUGACUCCAACUCCGUCAGAUAGGACCAAAAAACAAAAUGGGGUUGAUGAGGCUGAACCAGAAUUUGUCGACGAUUAUGAAAAACCAGAACUUGAGAAAUAUGAAAAGAUUACUCCUACACCUAAGGACAAACGUCGUCCUAGUGAUACUGAGGAUGAUGUAGACAUGAUGAAGGGCAAAAUUAAACCAAAAGAAAAAGAACCAGAACCUGAAGUGCCUACACUGCGCAAACGGCCUGUCCAGAAGGACAAGGAGGAGGAGAAACAGCCUGAGGAGAAACCAAAGGCUAAACCUAAGAAAAAAGACGAACCUGAAGCUAAAAAGCGUCCUUCUCUUAAAGAGAAAGAGGUCGCUGUCGAGGAGUUUGUCGACGAUUACGAGAGGCCAGUACUCGAGAAAUACGAGAAAAUCACACCUACACCUAUUGAGAAAAAGAAAAAGGAAGAGAAACAGCCUGAGGAAGAAGUACCCUCAGCCACAGCUACUGCUAGACGACGAUCUGUCAAAGACAAAGAUAAGCCAGAGCCUAUGGAUGUUGACGAGAGCGUCAGCCUAUCCAAGCCAAAGGCACCGUUCAAACCUGGCAAGGAGCCUGAAGAUGUUUCACUUACACACAAAACACCAGCUGAAAUUAAACCUACGGAGGACCAGGCUGAAGCUAAGCUCAGUGUUAAAAAACCAGAAAUUGUCGAGGAAAAAACUCUUAAGAGACCGACACCUAAGGAUAAGAAGGACAAAGAAGACAAGCCUGAGGACACUGAAGAAGCUGUCAGUAUAACCAAACCUAAGACAAGCACCACUGCUCCUGAAGAAGCACAACUUACACAAAAGACACCUGCUAGGAGAAAGCUAACGGAGGGUACUGAGGCAGCACAGUUGAAAGUCAAAAAACCUGCUGUCGUUAAAAAGGAUAAGGAAGACGAGGAUCAGGACCCAAUCGUAGUAAAAGGUGGUAAAUUUGAGAAACCCCAGCUCAAGAAAACAGUUGUUAAGAAGCCAACAGAACAGCCUAAACGAGCUGUUGUCGCUGAGCAAGAGAGUGACGAUGACGAACUUGUCUUUAAACCCAAAGAUCCGGUGAUUGAACUCGACUUUGUCGAUGAUUACGAAAGACCAGUACUUGAAAAGUACGAAAAGAUUACACCUACUCCCACAGUACGGGAGAAGAAAGAAAAGGAAGCUACUAAGGUGACGAUGAUCGCCCAACAAGCUCACCAUCUUGAAGUAAAGGUCAAAGAAGAAACCAAAUCGGAGAGCCGUCGAAGCUCCAUCAUUGAGAACAAAGCUGUUAAGCAACUUACAAAGGAAACUGCAGAAAGCAGAAAAUCAUCAAUUUCAUCUGUCGCUGAACAACAAGAAGUUACUGCUUUGAAAAAGACUGCUCAAAAGAGCACACUAAAGGUGGCAGAAGCGGCCGAAAUGGAACAAGUUAAACUUAAGGAAGUGAAAGGGAACGUAGAAGAUACGGUAACGACUGAUAAGCCUUCAGAUAAAACAUAUCCAUGGCGACCUACGAAAACAGACACUCAGGAACCUACUGAAACUGAGGAACCAAAACGUAAGGAUAGCCUAAAGAAGCCUACCGAUACAUCAGUACCAAAACGUCGUGAAAACGAUACUGAGGACACUGAAGAUAUCGAAGAGGUUGAGGAAAAAACUGAGACUAAACGUAAAGCUUCUGUCGAUAAGCCUAAAGAACCGGUUAGGCGUCGACCCAGCAAACCUGAUGAGGAUAAAGAAAAUAAGAAGAAACCUGAGAAGGUUGAUAAGACUGAUAGUAAAAGAAAGGCAUCAGUUGAUAAACCUACUGAGCCUAAAAGAAAGCCGAAUAACAUUGACGAGGAUAAGGAAAAUAUUGAUACCGAAAUCACAGAAAACCAAAAUAAACGAAAGGUUUCAAUUGAUCGUCCCACCGAACCAACUUAUCCGUGGCGUAAGCCCAGUAAUGCUGAUGAGGAUCAGGUAGAAUCGCAAAAGACAGAGGUUAAGAGGAAGCCUUCAAUUGAUAGGCCUACAGAACCGACUUAUCCAUGGCGUCGUCCUAGUCAUGUAGAUGAGGAUACACUUGUUCCUGAAGCUCCUGAAGAAACCAAAAAGCCAGUUGAUGAGGGUAGAGAAUCUCCUUAUCCUUGGCGCAAACAAAGUAAAGUUGAAGAGGAUAAGAAAGAUUCGAAAGAACCAGAAAAGCCUAAAGAUAAUUUGUUGACGGAUAAACCGAAGGAAUCUGAUUAUCCUUGGCGCAGACCAAGUAAAUCGGAGGAACCUGCGGCUAAAAAACCAGAGCCAGAACCAGCUAAAGACGAACCAAAAUCCAAGGAACCUGAUAAUACACAGAAAACACAAACAGACAAACAAUUGAAACCCACACAGACACCUUUCUUCAUGAGAAGGAAGUCCAAUAAUUUAGAGGAACCUCCUGAAUUCCUAAAGAAACGUAAAGAUUCAACUGUUGAGCCUAAAAAGGAUACAGAACCUGAAACACCAAAACGAAAGCCUUCUGAGCCUACAGUUGAAACACCAAAGGAUAAACCAAAGGAGCCAGAACCAAAACAAAAGUUAUCAGAACCUUUCGUGGAACCAGUCAAGAAUGGUACACUUGAACCAAAGACUCCUGAAUCUCUAAAAACACCUUCGGAACUACUAAAGGAUAUCACUCAAAAAACAAAGGAACUUGAAGUAUCUAAAAAACCAGACGAUGAUAAAAAGAAACCUAUAGAAGAAAGUUCUAAAUUACUAAAGGACGACGAUAGUAAAGUACAGAAACCACUAGAAUCACCUAAAUUGACAGAAACACGAUACCCUUGGAGAAAACAACACUUAGAGGUCAUUCCUGAAAUACCACAGGUAGAAAUUAAAACUAUAGUAAAUGAAAUAAAUUAUACAAAUGAAGUAUCGGUAGUAACUAAACACUUUGAUGAUCAGGCUGAACAAACCCCAGAGUUAGAAGACAAAUACAAACCAACAUUACUUGAGACACCGGAGCCAACCGCUCCCUGGCGCAGGGCUAAGUCCCCUCAGGCUGAAACAACUGAAGGCAAAGAUGAAAGUAUGCAAGCUAUUGAAUUACCACAGCCCGCUUAUAGCAGCCAACCUCAAACGCCUGAAGAGAAAGUUGCCGUUAAGGAAGAGAAGGUUGAAGAAGAAGCUAAGAAGGCCAAGGUCACAUCAGUCAAGAAGAAGGCUGAGGAUCUGCCUGAAAUUGCUGAUUACGACCGACCUGAACUUGAGAAAUUCGAAAAGAUGGACUUCACGCCAUCAACCAAGGACAAACCAGACAAGCCUGUGCCAAAGGUACCUGAAAUCAAGGCUCCAGAGGAGAAGCCUGCGGCACCUAAGAUCGAAGUCAUCCGUGAGAAGUCACCGAAACCAGAAAUGCCAAGGAAACCCUCACUUGUACCGGGUGCACCAGUCGGUAGACGUGGUUCCCUCAUUCCUCCUCCAGAGGAGAUGGGAAGACGUCCUUCCCUUAUCAUCAGCGACGAGGUCAAGAAAUUACGUCCCGGCGAAGUAUUAGACGAGAAAAAGCGACGAAAAUCCGGAGACGCCAGAAGGCCGUCAGUGCAGGAUCUUGAAGAUCUUAUCAACAAACCUUCAGUGCCUCUCAAACCUAUCGGAAAUGAGGGUCCACCGGUCAUCGUCGAUGUCCAAGAAAGUUACUCAGCUGUUGAAGAUCAAACUGGCUACCUCACUGUACAAGUGGAAGGUAACCCAGCACCCACAUUCAAGUUCUAUAAGGGUGUCAGUGAGAUCAUCGAAGGUGGUCGCUUCAAGUUCAUCACCGAUGGUGAAACUGGUCUCAUCACCCUCUGCAUGAGGAAGGUCAAGCCUAACGAUGAAGGAAAAUACAAGAUUGUGGUCAGCAACAUCCAUGGCGAGGAUUCAGCUGAAAUGCAGCUUUAUGUAUCCGACGCCAGUGGUAUGGACUUCCGUGCUAUGCUUAAGAAGAGGAAGUACGCCAAAUGGGGUGAAAAGAAAGACGAUCCCGACUGGGGAGAUCUCAAGGAGACAGAAAAACCAAUCCCACCCCUGAAGAAAGUGGAAAAGAAACAAGAGUCAUUCUUGAAGCCCCUCGUAGAUCAAUUCGCGAAAGAAGGCAAGGAUAAGAAGGUUACAUUCGAAGCCAUCUUUACUAAACCAAAUGCGAAACCGAAGUGGUUCUUCCGUAAAGAUGAACUGUUCCCGGGGUCGAAGUAUAAGAUGACAAACGAACAAGACUCAUACAAACUGAUCAUCAUGGCCCCUAAAGUCGAAGAUACUGGUAAAAUUACGAUUGAAAUCGGCGGUAUCACUUGCACAGCCUUCUUGCAAGUCGAUGAACCAGACCCUACAUACACCUUCACCAAACAACUGAAGAAGACGACCAGUGGGUACACGAAACACGAAUGUGUGUUGGAGUGUGCCGUCUCCAACAGUCUCGCCAUCGUCUCAUGGUGGAAGGGAGAAGAGAAAAUAGAAGAUGGAGACAUUUAUCAGAUUUCAAAGGACUUGUCUGGAGUUUGCAGGCUGGUCAUCAAGAACUGUAAGUUCGAAGAUGCUGGAAAAUACACAUGUAAAAUUGAAAAGCAGCCUGACAAGACAGAGACUGAAGUCAAAAUUGUUGGUGAGUUCAAGAACAAUGAACCUCUGAAACCAGACAAGCGUAUCUCAAUCGUGAAGGAGGGUCGCAAACGCAAGGUUGUGAUCAAGGACGCUAAGGUCACUGACGCCGGCAACUUCAAGUGCGUCAGUAACGCCGAUGAAACUGCUUGCGAAUUGAUUGUCAAUUACUCGAAUCGCUUCAACAAGAAGUUGAAGGACACAGAAGCAAUUGAGAGGGACAAGGUUGUUCUAGAAGUAGAGUUGCAGGAUCAGACCGCUGAAGCUGUUUGGUCUUUCAAUGGACAGCCCAUUGUGCCUAAUGAAAGAAUUGAAAUCAAGAACCUGGGCGGUGGUAAACACCAGCUUAUCUUCAACAAGUUGGAGAUGGAAGAUGACGGUGAAAUUCUCUGCGAGUCUGGAAAGUUGUCCUCUUCUUGCAAACUUACCGUCAAGAAGGGUGAAUCCAAACCUACUAUUGACUGUCCGGAUGAAUUCUGCGGACCACAUGACAGGCCUUUCGUCAUUGAGGUGCCCUAUAAAAUUACUGGCACCCGACAGACACCAAUCGAAGCUAAACUAUGGAAGGACGGAAAAGCCCUGCCCGCCAAAGAAGUCGAGGCAGUGGUUGAACAAGAGAAGGUCCUAUUCAAGAUCAAGAAACCAAGCAGAGACCAAUCCGGCAAAUACACGAUUAAAUUGGCCAACGCCCAGGGUGAUGACUCGAAAGAUGUCACUAUUACCAUGCAGAGCGUACCAACUCCACCACAGGAAGUCCAGGUCACAGAAGUCUUCCAGACUUCUUGCGUUGUCGCCUGGAAGACACCACAGGACGAUGGUGGUUCACCCAUCAUCAAAUAUGUUAUUGAGAGACAGGACAUGUCUCUCAAAGCAGGAUGGGAUAAUGUAUCAGAGGUGGCCGUUGGCCAGCCAAUGAAGUACAAGGUAGAAGAUCUUAUCCCGAAGAAGACUUACAAGUUUAGGAUCCGUGCUGUUAACAAGAUUGGUUCUAGUGAACCUGGUCUUUUCGGCAAGCCUGUGCUGGCUAAGGAUCCGUGGGAUGAACCAUCUAAACCCAAGAAUGUGGAACUUACCGACUGGAACAAAGACCAUGCUGACCUUAAAUGGCAGAAGCCUGACAACGAUGGCGGUGCACCAAUCACUGGAUACGUCAUCGAAUACAAGGAGAAGUUCGGCAAGGACUGGGUGACUGGCAAGGAGGUUCCUGGUGACUGCUUAGCUGCCACUCAGGAUGGCCUCAAGGAAGGCUGCACUUACGAGUUCAGAGUCCGCGCCAUCAACAAGGCUGGACCUGGUGAACCUAGUGACGCUACUAAGCCGAUUGUUGCUAAGUGCAGAUUUGUCAAGCCUUACAUCAUUGGUGAGGGUGUUCAAAGCAUCAUCAUCAAGAAGGGCCAGGUCAUCACCUUCGACAUCAAAUACGGUGGUGAACCUGAACCCGAGGUCAAAUGGAUGAAGGGUGAAGAGGAAAUCAAGGAUGAUGGUGACCGUAUCACCAUUGAUAAGUACGAAAGGAACACCGUACUGACUGUCAGAAGGACCACCAGGCCUGAUAGUGGAAAGUACAAGUUGGUAUUGACCAACUCUUCGGGCACUUGCGAGAGCAUCGGCGAUGUGGUUGUCUUGGACAAACCAAACCGCCCGAACGGCCCGAUCGAAGUUACGGAUAUCCGCGCCGAGAAGGCGACCGUUAAAUGGCAGAAGCCAGACGACUGGCAGGGAUCCGAUAUCACUGGAUACACACUCGAAAAGAUGGACAUGGAUACUGGAAACUGGGUGCCUUGUGGCGAGACUGGUCCAGAACCAACAGAGUUCACAGUCAAGGGUCUUACCCCGAACCACAAGUACAAGUUCAGGGUACGCGCCGUCAACAAGGAAGGCGAAUCAGAACCUUUGGAAACUGAUGGAUUCAUUCUUGCUAAGAACCCAUACGACCCACCAAAGGCGCCUGGAAAGCCUACGAUUACGGAUUACGACAACAUGUCCGUGACUUUGCAAUGGGAGCCACCAUCAGACAACGGUGGAAGACCAAUUCUUGGAUACGUUGUGGAGAUGAAGGACAAAUUCUCUCCAGACUGGAUUGAGGUUGUGAAAACAAAUGACACAAAAACCGAGUACAAGGUUGAAGGUCUGAAGGAGAAGAUGGUGUACCAGUUCCGUGUGAAGGCAUACAACAAGGCUGGUGUCGGUGAGGCCUCGCAGCCCACUGAUAACCAUCUCUGCAAGCAUAAGAACUUGAAACCACGCAUUGAGCGCAGCACCUUCAAGUCUGUUAUCAUCAAGGCUGGCCGCACUCACAAGUGGUCGGUGGAUGUCAUCGGUGAACCUCCACCGGAGAUGACAUGGUCAUGGCGCGAUAACAUAAAACUGGUUAACACAGAACGCAUCAAGAUUGAGAACAAGGAAUACCACACGGACUUCACUAUUGUGAACGCCGUCCGUCGUGACACUGGCAAAUAUAAGCUCAGAGCUGAGAACUGCAAUGGUUUCGAUGAGGAGACUGUUGAGCUUACUGUGCUGAGCAAGCCUAGUGCGCCAAAGGGCCCAUUGGAAGUCACAGACAUCCACGCCGAAGGCUGCAAGGUUAAAUGGGAGAAGCCAGAAGACGAUGGUGGCUCUCCAGUCAAGGAGUACGAGCUCGAGAAGAUGGAUGUCGCCACUGGCAAGUGGGUCAGGGUUGGCAGAGUUGCUGGAGACAAGAAGCCUCUGGAGAUGGAAGUGACUGGUCUGGAACCUGGUCACCAGUACAAGUUCAGGGUGACAGCUGUCAAUGAUGAGGGUGAUUCCGAUCCUCUCGAAGCUGAACGCGCUAUCCUCGCUAAGAAUCCAUUCGAGGCAUCAGACAAGCCUGGCAAUGUGGAGGUCGCAGACCACGACAACCAGAGCGCAGAUAUCAAAUGGGACCCGCCUAAGAACGACGGCGGUGCUCCAAUCCUCAAGUACAUUAUCCAGAAGAAGCCUAAAGGCGGUGAUUGGGAGAAUGCUGCUGAGGUACCUGGAACCCAGAACACGGCUAAGAUCGACGGUCUACCAGAAGGUAGCGAGUACCAGUUCCGCGUGGUCGCCGUCAACAAGGCUGGACCUUCCGAACCUUCGGACCCUACCAAGAUGACCACCAUCAGGCACAAGGCCCUGAAACCCCGCAUCGACCGCACCAACCUGAAGGCGCUGGCAGUGCGCGCGGGCAAGCCAAUCUUCUUCGACGUCAACGUCAAGGGUGAACCCGCACCCAAGGUGCAAUGGUUCCGCAAGUGGAAGGGCGAAGAGACUGAGGUUAAAGAAAACGUAAUCAACGUGGACUACAACACCAAACUGGACAUCAAGGAGUCCGUCCGCGCUAUGACUGGUACCUACCGUAUCCUAGCAACCAAUGAGCAUGGUUCUGAUGAAGCUGAAGUUGAGAUCACCGUACUGUCUGCUCCUGGCAAACCUGGUGGUCCACUGAAGGUUGCUGAUGUCACCAAGAACGGCUGCAAGCUGUCUUGGAAGAAACCUGAAGAUGAUGGUGGUAAGUUGGAUUUGAAGUUCUUUGGAUGUAUAGUCGGCAAGACUGAUGAUACUGAGAUGGACAUCAAGGGGCUGCAGGAAGGUGAAGAGUACGAGUUCAGGGUGAAGGCAGUCAACGAGGAGGGAGAGUCUGAACCUUUGAAGACUGACCACUCUAUCAUCGCUAAGAAUCCUUAUGACAUCCCUGGCAAGCCAUCAGUCCCAACCCUGGAGGACUGGGAUGUGGACCGUACGCCAGAAUGCAAGGCUCGCGUGCCGGACCUGAAAGAAGGCAACGUGUACCAGUUCCGUGUGCGCGCCGUCAACAAGGCCGGCCCGGGAGAACCGGGAGAUGCUACACAACCGCAUACGGCUAAGGCCAGAUUCUUGAAACCUCACAUCAACCGCGACAAGAUGCACGCCAUCCGCGUCCGCGCCGGUACCACCAUCAAACUGGAUGUCGACAUCAAGGGUGAACCUCCACCAACCAAGACCUGGACCUUCGCCAAGAAGGUCCUGGAAACCGGCCCAGGGCUGAAGAUCGAGAACGAGGACUACAACACAAAGAUGCAGAUCUUCGACUCGACCUGGGCCAACUCUGGAAUCUACACGCUCAAGGCGGAGAACGAUUCUGGAGUCGAUGAGGCUACAGUGGAGAUCACUGUACUGGACAAGCCCGGCAAGCCCGAGGGUCCUCUAGAAGUAUCGGACGUGCACGCGGACCACGUGAAGCUGAGCUGGAACAAGCCCAAGCACACCGGCGGCCUGCCGCUGUCUGCGUACGUCGUCGAGAAGAUGGACACCCUCACUGGGAAGUGGGUGCCCGCCGGUACUGUCGACCCCGAUACCACUGAGGCUACUGUUACUGGCCUAGAAGCGGGUCACACGUACCAGUUCCGCGUAAAGGCUCUGAACGAGGAAGGAGAAUCCGAACCCUUGGAGACAGACCAUGGAAUCCUGGCCAAGAACCCAUACGACGUCCCAGCACCACCUGGCUUACCAGACAUUGCUGCGGAAAUCCAAGGCAACAUAUGCCAGGGUACAGUACCGAAGCUGGAGGAGGGCAACCAGUACCAGUUCCGUAUCCGUGCCCUGAACAAGGCUGGACAGUCCGAACCUUCGGAGAACACCAACUGGCAUACAGCUAAGCCAAGAUUCUUGAAACCAAGAAUCGACCGCACAAACCUGAACCCGAUCACUGUAAAGGCUGGGCUCCCAGUUUCCCUGGACGUCAAGGUCUUCGGAGAACCACCAGCCACCGUCACCUGGUACUUCAAGGGCAAGCCCUCGAAACCACAAGGACCUCUGGACGUGUCUGAUGUCACAAAGAACGGCUGCACUCUCACUUGGAAGAAACCAGAAGACGAUGGCGGAUCACCCAUCGAAUACUACGAGAUUGAGAAACUUGAUCCUCUUACUGACGAGCCCGGCAAACCUGGUCGUCCGGAGCCACGUAACUGGGACAAGGACUUCGUGGAGCUGGAAUGGACUCCACCCAAGAACGAUGGAGGAGCUCCCAUCACUGGAUACAUUGUACAGAAGAGGGAGAAGGGUGGAAGAUCCUGGUCAGACUGCCUCAAGACUACAGGCGACCGUCCGACUGGUCGCGUGACGGACGUGGAGGAAGGUCACGAGUACGAAUUCCGUGUCAUGGCCGUCAACAAGGCUGGACCGGGAGAACCUUCCGAUCCUAGCAAGAGUGUCAUUGCUAAGCCACGAUUCUUGAAACCACACAUCGACCGCAAGAACCUUCAAAGCAAGAAGAUCAAGGUUGGCUCACCUCUCAAGAUGGACGCCGACGUCAAGGGUGAACCAGAGCCAGUCAUCACCUGGACCUUCAAGGGCGAACCCCUCAAAUCUGCUGGAAGAUUACAGAUUGACAAUAAGGACUAUCACACCACAUUCUCUAUAGACAAGAUGACCAGGGCUGAUGCUGGUAAAUACGUGGUGACCGCUAAGAAUGACUCCGGUGUUGAUACCGUUGAAAUAGAAGUCGAGGUCGUAUCAGACGUCACAGCAGAAGGUUGCAAGCUCAAAUGGGAGCCGCCAGAAGAUGAUGGAGGCGAACCCAUCGAGAACUAUGUCGUUGAACGUAUGGACGCAGAGUCAGGAAGAUGGGUCCCUGUCUGCACCACCAAGACUCCUGAAGCCGAUGUUACGGGUCUCAAUGAGGGCAAGGACUAUCUGUUCAGGGUGAAGGCUGUCAACCCUGAGGGUGAAAGUGAACCGCUGGUUACUGAAACUGCUACUACUGCUAAGAAUCCUUAUGGCGAGCCCGACGCACCUGGCAAGCCAGAGUUCAAGGACUGGAGCAAGGAUCACGCAGACCUCAAGUGGGAGGCACCCAAGAACGACGGUGGCGCCCCCAUCACUGCAUACAUUGUGGAGAAGAAGGAUCGCGACACCGGCAAGUGGGUGAAGGCUGCUGAGGUGCCCGGCAACAAGACCGAGGCCCGUGUGCCCGACCUGAUCGAAGGCAAGACCUACCAGUUCCGAGUGAAGGCCGUCAACAAGGCUGGACCCGGCAAGGCGUCCGCGCCUUCCGAGAAUCUGCUGGCUAAGGAUAGAUUUGCGCCACCUAAGAUCGACCGUACGAACAUGCGCGAUAUCACUCUCAAGGCGGGACAGAACAUCAGAUUGGACGUGAAGGUCAGCGGAGAACCGCCACCGACUAAGACUUGGUUCCACAACAAGGAACGUCUAUCGACUCGCGAGGAUCUGACGGUAGACGUGGAAGACUACAGGACCAAGCUAUCCGUAGUCAUUGCUUCACGCAAACACAGCGGCACUUAUGUCCUGAAGGCUGAAAACUCCAGCGGCAAGGACGAAGCCACUAUUCAGAUUAAUGUACUAGAUGUACCUGCUAAACCUGAAGGACCUCUUAAGAUCUCAGACGUCCACAAAGAAGGUUGCACACUCAAAUGGAACCCGCCACUAGACGACGGUGGCGCCCCCAUCGACCAUUACUUGGUCGAGAAACUAGACACGGAGACUGGACGCUGGAUGCCAGCGCUGAAGACCAAGGAUCCGAAGGCGGAGAUUGAGAACCUGGUCGGUCCCAACGAUAAUGAGAAGGCGACAGUCCCCAACCUGGACGAGGGUACAGAGUACGAGUUCCGGGUGAAGGCAGUCAACGAGGCUGGACCGGGAGAACCUUCCGACGCCAGCAAGUCCGUUGUCUGCAAGCCUAGGAGACUGGUGAACGUGCCGUACCUGAGCAAGUACCAACACUCGAGCCCGCGCCGCAAGGACUCCGGCACCUACAAGAUACAGGCCGUCAACAAGUACGGACAGGAUACCGCCGAGCUGGAGAUUAUUGUUACUUUAUCAGACAUCCACAAGGACGGCUGCACCCUCAAGUGGAAGCGGCCCAAGGAUGAUGGAGGGGAACCCAUCGAGGCUUACCUCGUCGAGAAAUAUGACACGGAGACUGGAACCUGGCUGCCAGUUGGCAAGACACAUGGAAAUGUGCCGGAGUUGGAGGUCGAUGGCCUGAUCCCCGGUCAUGAGUACAAGUUCCGCGUGAAGGCGCUGAACAAGGAAGGUGAAUCGGAACCGCUGGAGACAUUCGGCUCCAUCAUCGCCAAGGAUCCAUUCACCAUCCCAGAUGCACCCGGAGCGCCAGUACCAGACGACUGGUCGGCCAGCCACGUGGACCUCAAGUGGGAGCCGCCGCUAUCGGACGGAGGGUCUCCCAUCAUUGGUUACAUCAUCGAGAAGAAGGACAAAUACUCUCCUCUCUUAAUCGAAGGCAACGAAUACCAGUUCCGUGUGAUUGCCAUCAACAAGGCCGGUCAGAGCAAACCCUCGGAAGCUAGCAAGAACUUCGUGGCCAAGCCAAGAUACCAGAACAUGCCUCUCCGCCCAUCGAAGGCAGUAAUGAUAGACAGUCCGGAAUACUUCACGAAGCUGGUCAUCCGUCCAGUACGUCGGGACGACUCCGGCGAGUACACCGUCACUGCCGUCAACUCCAGCGGCAAGGACCAGGUCACCAUCAACGUGGUGGUUACUGACAAACCUAUGAAGCCUGAAGGACCGUUGCAGAUCUCGGACGUCCACAAGGAGGGAGCUACCCUCAAAUGGAAGAGGCCCAAAGACGACGGUGGCGCCCCCAUCGAGUACUACCAGAUCGACAAACUGGACACUGAGACUGGAUGCUGGGUACCGUGUGCCCGCUCCGAUGAGCCUAAAUGUGAGGUAACCGGUUUGACUCCUGGAAAGGAGUACAAGUUCCGUGUGUCCGCUGUCAACUCCGAGGGAGAGUCUGAACCUCUCAUCUCUGAGGAGUCUAUCGUCGCUAAGAAUCCAUUCGACGAACCUGGUGCGCCAGGUACUCCAUCAGUGACAGACUGGGACAAGGACCACGUGGACCUCAAAUGGACCCCACCACGGGAAGACGGUGGCGCCCCCAUCGAGGGCUACAUCGUUGAGAAGAAGGACAAGUUCGGAAACUGGGAGAAGGCGGUCGAAGUACCCGCGGAUAAGACCACGUCCGGCCCUGGCGAGCCGAGUGACAGCACCCACCCGAUCGUGGCGAAGCCCAGGAACCUGGCGCCCAAGAUCGACAGGACCAACCUCAUCGACAUCAAGAUCAAAGUUGGACAGAAGUUCGGAUUCGAUGUCAAGGUAUCCGGUGAACCAAUGCCAGAAACAAAAUGGUUCUUGGCUAAGAAGGAAGUCAAAUCUGGCGGUGACGUCAAAGUACAGCAUUCAGAUUAUAACACGAAGCUGAACUGCAAGUCAGCCAAGCGAGCUGAUAGUGGAAGGUACACCAUUACAGCUGAAAACAGCAAUGGCAAGGAUGUGGCUGAAGUCGAAGUUAUUGUGCUGGACGUGCCUAGUCCACCUGGAGGACCACUCAAGGUCUCCGAUGUCCACGCCAAUGGAGCCAAGUUAUCUUGGAACCCACCAGCCGACGACGGCGGUCAGCCCAUCGACAAGUACGUGGUGGAACGCAUGGACGAGGCCACUGGACGGUGGGUCACUGCUGGAGAAACAGACGGACCGAAGCCCAGCCUCGCUGUUGAAGGACUCACGCCUGGACAUAAGUACAAGUUCAGGGUCCGCGCUGUUAAUAGGCAAGGCAAGUCCGAGCCUCUCACCACACCACACGCGACCGAAGCCAAGAAUCCAUUCGACGUCGCCGGCAAGCCUGGCACGCCCAAGAUCAAGGACUUCGACAGAGACUUCGUCGAACUUGAAUGGACCAGACCACAGACCGAUGGUGGAGCACCCAUCACUGGAUACGUCAUCGAAAAGAAGGAUCGCUUCUCCCCCGACUGGGAGGAAUGCGCACAAAUCGAGGGUGACGUCACUUCAGGCAAGGUCCCAGACCUCAUUGAAGGUAACACCUACGAGUUCCGCGUCCGUGCCGUCAACAAGGCCGGCAAAGGUGAACCUAGCGAUGGAACUGCACCACAUCUCGCUAGACCUAAGAACCUUCCACCUAAGAUCGACAGGAACUUCAUGUUCGACAUCAAGGUCAAGGUCGGACAGAACUUCGACCUCGACGUGCCAGUCGCUGGAGAGCCUACUCCUACCAAGGAAUGGUUCAAUGGUGACAACCUCGUCAUGAACACUGACAGGAUCAAGAUUGUCAAUGAUGCACACAGCACUAAGAUCCGUGUCAUCGACGCCAAGAGGGCUGACACUGGCACUUACACUCUUAAAGCCAGGAACAUCAACGGUACUGACACAGCUACAGUUAAGAUCACAGUCAUGGACGUGCCAACACCGCCUGAAGGUCCUCUCCGCGCUGAUGACAUCACCAAGUCUGGCUGUACUCUGCGCUGGAGGCCGCCCAAGGACGACGGUGGUGCAGAAAUCACUCACUACGUCGUCGAGAAGAUGGACCAAGAAAACAUGCGCUGGAUCCCAGCCGGUGAGGUUCAGUCCUGCAGCAUCAGGAUCGACCACCUCAUCGAGGGCCACGAUUACAACUUCCGUGUCCGUGCUGUUAACAAACAUGGCGAAUCACAGCCUCUUGUUGGACACGAGCCAAUCACUGCCAAGGACCCCUACGGUACUCCAGACAAACCUGGAACUCCAGUUGUCAAGGACUGGGACAAAGAUCAUAUGGACCUCGAAUGGGUACCACCAAAGAAGGAUGGCGGCUCACCCAUCACUGGCUACAUCAUCGAGGCUAAGAAGAAGUACGGACCUUGGGAAGUCGCUGCGACUGUACCUGGAAACAAGACUACUGCUACCGUACCUAACCUCCAAGAGGGUGAGGAGUACGAGUUCAGGGUUAUUGCUGUCAACAAGGCCGGUAACGGAGAGCCCAGUGAUGCUUCCACACCACAGGUGGCUAAGGCCAGAUUCUGUGCGCCACACUUCGACAAAAUGCUCUUGGCAGACAAGACUGUCAAGGCUGGCCAAAGGAUCCAAUACGAAAUCCCGAUCGAAGCAUCGCCUAAACCAACUGUUGAGUGGCAGAUCAACGGCAAGGUGGUCCACCCAACAGACAGGAUUGAUAUCCAGAUUCUACACAACAGGGUCAUUCUAGACAUUCCAUUCUCCGUCCGCGCUGAUGGAGGCGUUUACAAACUGACCUUGAAGAACGACCUCGGAGUCUGCUCUGCUGCAGCUCAAGUGACCGUCCUCGACAGACCUUCGAGGCCUGAGAAACCGUUGGUCGUAUCUGACGUUACCAAGGAAUCUUGCUCGCUAUCAUGGAAGGUACCUUUGGACGAUGGUGGAUCACCGAUCCUCCACUACGUCAUUGAGAAGAUGGACCUGUCGCGUGGUACCUGGUCUGAUGCUGGUAUGAGCACUUUCCUAUCGCACCAAGUCACCAGGUUGAUCCACAUGAAGGAAUACUUGUUCAGAGUGAGCGCUGUCAACGCUAUUGGUCAGUCUGAGCCUUUGGAGCUGGACCGUGCUAUCGUCGCCAAGAACGAGUUCGACGAGCCAUCCGCUCCUGGCAAACCUAAGGCAACUGACUGGAGCAAGAACCACGUCGACCUUGAAUGGGAGAAGCCUAAGUCUGAUGGUGGAUCACCAAUCACUGGUUACAUCAUUCAGAAGAAGGAGAAGGGCAGCCCCUACUGGGUGAAUGCUGUCCAUGUGCCUCCUAGCAAGAACAAGGCAACCGUACCUGAUCUAACUGAAGGCCAGGACUAUGAGUUCCGCGUUAUCGCCGUGAACCAAGCUGGUCAAUCAGAGCCUAGCGAGCCAUCUGACAUCAUCACAGCUAAGGACAGAUUCGUGGCUCCUAAGAUUCUUACACCACUUAAGGAGAUCCGCAUUAAGGCUGGACUCAUCUUCCACAUGGAUGUUGACUUCAUUGGAGAGCCUACUCCUGAAGUCACAUGGACUUGUGAUGGCAAACCAGUGGUAGCCAACGAGAGGACAACAGUCACUAUUGUUGGUCACCAUACUAUUGUACACACUGUCAACUGCAAGCGUUCAGACGCUGGCAAGUACAACCUGAAACUGAAGAACGAUUCCGGUACUGAUGAAGGAAGCUUCGAACUUAUUGUACUUGAUGUGCCCGGAGCACCACAACCUCCGUUUGUAUACGAAGAGAUUACUGCACAGUCCGUUACGUUGUCAUGGAAACCACCCAAGGACAACGGUGGCAGUGAGCUUACUGCUUACGUCAUUGAGAAACGUGACCUCACCCACGGAGGUGGAUGGGUACCAGCUGUUACUUACAUCAACCCGAAAUUCAACCACGCAACUGUACCACGCCUGUCGGAAGGUACCAAGUACGAGUUCAGAGUAUUCGCUGAGAACCUUCAAGGUCGCUCUGAGCCACUCGUCACAGACAAGGCAAUCAUUGCCAAGAACCAGUACACUGUACCUGGCAAGCCUGGCAAACCAGAGCUUAUUGCUGCCGACAAGGACCACAUCAACAUCAGAUGGUCGCCGCCUAUCUCCAACGGAGGAUCGAACAUCCUUGGUUACGACGUUGAGAGGAGAGACAAGGCUACUGGCCGCUGGAUCAAACUGAACAAGGAUCCAGUCAGGUUGAACGAAUACAACGAUGAAAGGGUACAGGAAGGUCACCAGUACGAAUACAGAGUAUCGGCAGUCAACGCUGCUGGACCUGGACAACCUUCCGACGAAUCCAACGUCUUCAUUGCUAGACCUAUGAAGGAGAGCCCGAAACUGAAGUUAGAUCACCUCAUUGGCAGGAAGAUUAAGGUCCGUGCUGGCGAACCUAUCAAUAUCAACAUUCCAAUCAGUGGCGCGCCCACACCGACCAUCUCCUGGACCAAGGGAUCAGUUCCUAUUGUACCCUCGCACAGGGUCAGCGCUGAAACUAAGGCUGAUGAAACAAAACUCAGCAUUGAGAAAUCUGUUCGCGAAGAUGCUGGUAAAUACACGAUCACAGCAUCCAACGCUCACGGCAAAGACUCCGCUGACAUUGAAGUCAUUGUUGUUGACAAACCAGGAGUGCCUAAAGGACCUCUUCUAUGCCAACCCGUCACACACGACGCUGUCAGCCUCACUUGGCAACCACCCACCGACGAUGGUGGCAGCGAGAUCACUGGCUACGUUGUUGAAGUUGCUGAAUUCGGAGUUAAUGACUGGCGCACAGUCGCUGGCUUCUGUCCUAAGUGCUCGUUCACUGUAAAGAACUUGACAGAAGGCAAGAAAUACAUAUUCAGGGUCCGCGCUGAGAACUUGUACGGUGUCUCCGACCCAUUGGAGAGCAAGCCAACACUUGCCAAGUCACCGUUCGACCCACCAGAUGCGCCAGACACGCCCAAGAUCACUGGAUACAGCUCCAACAGCUGCUCUCUCGAAUGGGAGCCACCCAAGGAUUGUGGUGGCAAACCCAUCACUGGAUACUAUGUCGAGAAGAGAGAACGUGGAGGUGACUGGGUCAAGGUUAACAACUACCCAACACCUAACACAUGCUACACUGUAUCUGACUUACGCGAAGGCAACCGCUACGAGUUCCGCGUUAUUGCUGUCAAUGAAGCCGGACCCGGCAAGCCUAGCAAGCCGACCGAACCAAUCACAGCACAGACACAGAGACUUAAGCCCAGCCCGCCAGAGGCGCCUAAACCAGACAGAGUUACCAAAGACUCCGUCACAUUGUCCUGGAGGCCACCCAAGAGCGACGGUGGAGCCAAGAUCAAGGGCUACAUCAUCCAACAGAAGGGCAAGGGAGACAAAGACUGGAAGGACGUCAAUGACGUGCCUAUUCCAAGCCUGGUACACACUGUACCUGCGCUCAAGGAAGGAGCUGAAUACCAGUUCAGGGUCAUCGCUGUUAACGACGUUGGCCGCUCAGAUCCUAGCAAACCAACAAGCGAGAUCAUCAUCGCUGAACAGCCAAACAAACCAUGCAUGGACCUUGGAGGAGUCAGGGACAUUACUGUUCGUGCUGGAGAAGACUUCUCCAUUCACGUGCCGUACACUGGCUUCCCACAACCGACUGCUCAAUGGUUCGCCGACGACAACCUGCUUGAUGUUGAGGGCGAUUCCAGAAUAUUCCAGAAGAUUACACCAGAGUCUGCGUCUCUUGUUGUCAAGAACGCGAAGAGGUCAGACGGCGGACAGUACCGCCUGCAACUGCGCAACCCAUCUGGUUACGACACGGCCACCAUCAACGUACGUGUGCUCGACAGGCCUGGAAAGCCAGAGAACCUGCGGGCUGACGAAUUCGAAGGCGAAGCCCUUACACUGUACUGGAACCCGCCAAAGGACAAUGGCGGCGGUGAAAUCACCAACUACGUGGUUGAGAAGCGCGAGGGCAGAACUGCCAACUGGACCAAAGUAUCAGGCUACGUCACCACUCCGUUCUUGCGGGUGAAGAACUUGACGGUCGGAAAGGAUUACGAAUUCAGGGUUAUGGCUGAAAACCAGUAUGGUCAGUCUGACCCAGCACAGACUACUGAGCCAAUCAAGGCUAGGCAUCCAUUCGACCCGCCUGGUGCACCUGGAGCUCCUCGCUCCGUGGAGACGACAGAGUCUUCAAUCACGAUCACUUGGACGAAGCCGCGUCACGACGGUGGCUCGCCUAUUACUGGUUAUGUCGUAGAAAAGCGACUUAUAACUGAGGACAAAUGGACGAAGGCAUCUCACGCACACAUUCCUGAUACUACAUACAAGGUUACUGGACUGAUUGAGAACCACGAGUAUGAGUUCCGUGUGGCCGCUAUCAAUGCUGCUGGUCAAGGACCGUACUCCGCCAGCUCUGAUGCUAUCAGGGCUUGCGCUCCACCCAACUCACCCAAGAUCACCAGCGAUCUCAGCCUUAGGGACAUCACUGUUAUUGCUGGAGAGGAGAUCAAGAUUACUGUGCCGUUUACUGGCAACCCAAGGCCAAAGGUAUCAUGGAUAGUGAACAACGAGGAGGUGUUCCCGGACAACCGUAUUCGCUUCGUUACAUCAGACGUGGACACUGUGUUCCACAACUCGCCUGCCAAGAGGUCUGAUACAGGAUCCUACACCAUUCAGCUGGUUAACAGCGAAGGUUCUGACAGUGCUACAUGCAGGGUACUCGUAGUAGACAGGCCAUCACCGCCAGUCGGUCCUCUGGACGCGUACGACAUCACUCCAGACACAUGCACGUUGUCAUGGAAACCGCCGCUAGAUGAUGGUGGAUCUCCCAUCACCAACUACGUGGUCGAGAAGAUGGAUAACAGUGGAGUAUGGUCAAAGAUCUCAUCAUUUGUCCGCAACUGCCACUACAACGUCAUGGGUCUGGAACCGAACCGCAAGUACACGUUCCGCGUCCGCGCUGAGAACCAGUAUGGAGUGUCCGACCCAUUGACCAUGGAUGAUGCUAUCACUGCCAAGUUCCCAUUCACGAUCCCGGACCCGCCGGGCAUGCCUCGCGUGACCGACUGGGACGGCUCUGCAGCCUCUCUGAUCUGGGACCGACCACGAUCAGACGGCGGAGCUCGCAUUAAGGGAUACAAACUGGAGUACAGGGAUGUACAGGACGGUAUCUGGAACAGCUCAGAUUAUCUCGUCAAGGAUUGCAAUUACCAGGCUUACAACCUUGAACCUGGUCACGAGUACGAGUUCCGUGUCCGUGCGAAGAAUGCGGCGGGCUGGAGCAAGUACUCGGCCAGCUCGCAGCGGUUCAAGGUCCGCGGCAAGGCCAACCCGCCCGCGCCGCCACGCGCGCCCCGCGUCGUCAGGGUCGGCAGGAACUAUGUCGACCUAUCUUGGGACCCACCGGCGCAUGAUGGAGGUUCACGUGUGACCGGCUACAUAAUCGAGCGCCGCGACGUGGGCAGCUCUGUCUGGAUAAAGUGCAACGACUACAACGUACAGGACACCACAUUCACUGCCAUGAACCUUAAUGAAAAGGCUGAUUAUGAAUUCCGUAUCGUCGCUGUCAACUCAGCUGGCAAGUCGGAGCCGUCCAGCUGCACCACUCCAGUCCGCACGGGCGAGGAGCUGGGCGGCACCAAGCCCGAGUGGGUGAAGCAACUGCCGCCCACCGUGUGCGCGCCGCUCGGGAAACCGUUCACCCUCGAGUGCGUCGCCACUGGCAACCCAGUGCCCACUGGCAGAUGGCUCAAGAACGGACGUGAAGUCGUCUUGGGUACCAGGUUUAUCGCGGAGUCCCGCGAAGGUACGCUCCGCCUGAACAUCACGGCGGCGACGGACGCUGACGAGGGAGACUACACGUGCGAGGCUGUCAACAACAUCGGCUUCAUCUACUGCACUGGACAUCUUAAGAUUGGAAACCCGCCCCGCAUCAUCCGCAUGCCGGGCGACCUGCACCUGCCGGAGCACGACAACACCAAGAUCAAGGUGCUGUACAGCGGGGACCAGCCCGCAGACGUCCAGCUCACCAGGGACGGACACAAGCUCACUGACUCGCCGCACUUCAAGUACACCGUCUUCGAUGAUUAUAUUCUUAUCUUCAUCAAGGAUAUCACUAAGGAUGAUAUGGGCAUUUAUAAGAUCUCCAUAACGAACAAGUCAGGCGAGACAUCAGACACGUUCAGCGUCACCGUCACCGGACUACCAGGUCCUCCACAGGGUCCUCUGGAGACCACAGACAUCACGCGUCACUCCUGCACUCUUGCAUGGAAGCCUCCCACAUACGACGGAGGACUGCCUGUCACUCACUACGUCAUCGAACGUAACGACAUCUCGGGCACGGCGUGGAUAACUAUCGCGUCCUCCGUGAGGGACACCAAGUUCACUGUCCAAGGAUUAACGGAGGGACAGGAGUAUAACUUCAGGAUUCAUGCCGCUAAUGAUAAUGGCAUGGGACCGGCUCUUGAAGGACCUAGCCCGAUUAAGGCCAAGGCACCAUACGACCCACCAUCAGCUCCUGGCAUCCCCAAGAUCCUGGAGGUCGGAGGAGACUUCGUCCACCUGGAAUGGGACAAACCAGAGAGUGACGGUGGAUCUAGGAUUCAAGGAUACUGGAUCGACAAGCGCGAGGUCGGUACAACGACCUGGCAGCGCGUGAACCCGACACUCUGCUUACCAAACCAAUGGAACUGCUCCAACCUUAUCGAGGGCCGCCAGUACGAGUUCCAGGUCACCGCACAGAACGAGGCUGGAGUGUCGCCUCCUAGCACCGCCACCCCGCCAGAGAUCGUGAAGCCAUUGAAGAACGCCAACUGCAUCCAGUACCACAACGCCAAGUUCCAGUGCACCAUCACUGGACAACCCAAACCUACCAUCACGUGGUACAAGGGUGCCCGAGAGAUAACAAAUGGUCCUCGUCACCGCAUCUGGAGCGAGGGAGACAACCACUUCCUGACUGUCAUGGAUGUCUUCGGAGAAGACGCUGAUGAAUACGUCUGCCGUGCCGUCAACCGCGCUGGUGUCAAGUCUACCAGGGCUGAACUGCUGAUUAUGACCGCACCGAAACUGAACGUGCCGCCUCGCUUCCGUGUGACGGCGUACUUCGACAAGGGCGAGAACGUAGUGAUCAAGAUUCCUUUCACCGGCCACCCGAUACCUAAGAUCACAUGGGUCAGGGAAGGCGAGACCAUUGAGUCUGGUAUCCAUUACCAUGUUGAGAGGAAAGAACGCCACGCGAUCCUAACCAUCCGCGACGCCAGCAAACUGGACUCUGGACCAUACAGGAUCACUGCUGAGAACGAACUUGGACAGGAUUCCGCCACAAUCAACAUUGAAAUUAGCGAUCGUCCCGACCCACCACGAUUCCCAGCGGUGGACAACAUCGGCGUGGACUCGCUGGCACUCAGCUGGAAGGCUCCAGUCUGGGACGGCGGCUCCGAUAUCACCAACUACCUGGUCGAGAAGAGGGAACAUCCCAUGACCAGCUGGAUUAGGGUUGGAAACACCAGGUUCACAACAAUGGCGAUCACAGGCCUAGUACCAGGCAAGCAGUAUGAGUUCAGAGUGUACGCGGAGAACAUCUACGGCAGGUCGGAGCCUAGCGAACCGACCACGCUGGUGCAGACCAAGGCCAUCAUCAAGAAGGAGUUCCAGAAGAAGGAAUAUCCUGGUACAGGCGCGUUCGGUGUUGUCCACCGAUGCCGCGAGAGGGCGACAGGCAACUACUUCGCGGCUAAGUUCAUACCGGUCGCUGGCGCUAUGGAGAAGGAACUGAUCAAGAAGGAGAUCGACAUUAUGAACCAACUUCACCAUCGUAAGCUGAUCAACUUACACGAUGCCUUCGAAGAUGAUGACGAGAUGGUUCUUAUUUUCGAGUUCUUAUCCGGAGGCGAGCUCUUCGAGCGCAUCACAGAGCCAGGCUACAACAUGUCGGAAGCUGAAGCAGCUCACUACAUGCGCCAGAUCUGUGAGGGAGUCAGACACAUGCAUGAACAGAACAUCAUUCAUCUGGACCUCAAGCCGGAGAACGUCAUGUGCCAGACUAGGACUGGUACUGAUGUCAAGAUCAUCGACUUCGGCCUGGCAACCAAAUUAGAUCCGAAUGAAGUAGUAAAGAUAUCGACGGGCACGGCCGAGUUCGCUGCGCCUGAGAUCGUGGAGCGCGAGCCUGUCGGGUUCUACACGGACAUGCUAUCCGGUCUAUCACCGUUCGCUGGUAACAACGACAUUGAAACCCUGAAGAAUGUAAAGGCAUGCGACUGGGAGUUCGAUGAAGAAGCCUUCCAGCACGUGUCUGAUGAUGCCAAGGACUUCAUCAGGAGACUGCUUGUCAAGAACAAGGAGUUAGAAGCGUAUGACAGCGCACGAGUGCUUGAUGCACAAGUGGCUGGCGGGCGACGCGGCGGCCGCGCGGACCGCGCAUAUCUCCGCGCGCAGGUACGAGGCGCUGCGGGACAGGCUGCGGGCGCAGUACGAGACCGCAGGCAAGCAGCCCCCCGCUUCGUGAUCAAGCCCCAGUCCGCGUUCUGCUACGAGGGGCAGUCCGUCAAGUUGUACUGCCGCAUCAUUGCAUGCGCUACUCCUACUGUCACCUGGUCCAGGAACAACCACGAGCUGAGACAGUCUGUCAAGUUUAUGAAGAGAUUUAUGAAUAUUAAUUUCGGUGUAACGGUCCCGAAGGUCCAACGCCAGCACCUGCCCGAGGCCCCGCGCCGCCGCGAGGCCCUGCCGUACACGUUCUGGCAGGAGUCGUCCGAGACGGCGCCCGCCUUCACGUUCCAGCUGCGGCCGCGUGUCAUGCAGGCCAGGGACACGUGCAAGCUGCUCUGCUGUCUCAGUGGCAAGCCCACGCCCACUGUCAAAUGGUACAAGGACAAGAGAGAGCUAUCUAAAUAUGAUUACGCGAUGACACAUUCGGAUGGCGUCGUCACGCUGGAGAUCAUCGACUGUCGACCGGAGGACAGUGGCAAAUACACCUGCGUGGCCACCAACGUACACGGCACUGAUGAGACAUCCUGUGUCGUUAUUGUUGAAGGCGAGGUGACAUCACCGGAGCAGGCGCAGAUGAUCCACAACUUCCUCCACUCCGGCGACAGGCGCUACAUUGAGAAGCCACUCAAACCAGCGCCGCCGCCGAUCAUCACCAAGACCAAGGUGACAAUCGACCCGCCAGCAAAGACCGCGCCCAGACCAAAGUAUUCACCACAGACAUCAGUAGAAGCUAGCAAGAAGAAAUAUGGCGGACUCUCAAGACUGGACUCGGACACAUCGUCCAGGUCUAGGAGUGCUACUAAGGAGCUUAUAUUGCCGGCGUCGGACUCGUCGAUGUGCGGGCCGUCGUUCGCGCGGUCGCUGCCGGACGCGCUGUGCGCCAAGGACGGCGCGCCGCUGCUGCUGUCGGCCGCCGUGCGCGGGGACCCCGACCCGCGCGUGCAGUGGUACAAGGACGGGAAGCCGCUGCAUUCCUCCGAGGUACCAAUGGAAAGCAGCACGGUUGCAGCAGUGAAGUUAGGCGACAAGCCUCCCAGAAUAGUAGACCACGCUGUGUCACAGACUGUCAACGAUGGAGACGCCGUCACGCUGUCCUGCAGGAUCACAAACGCGGAACGUUUCGACGUGAUCUGGCUGCAUAACAACAAGGAGAUCAAGCCGUCGAAGGACUUCCAGUACUCCAGCGAGGCCAACAUACACAAACUACACAUUGCUGAAAUAUUCCCUGAGGAUGCCGGCGUAUACACAUGCGAGGCAUUCAACGACGCCGGCGAGUCGUUCUCGUCGUGUUCCCUAGUGGUUCGUGUCCCGGGCGAGGCUGCCCCCUCCCCCCACUACACCGCCUUCCCCAGCUCCGCCACCGUCAGCAACGCUGAGCCUGCUGUCUUCACCACUGAGUUGGAUAAGCCACCACUCCAGCUUCAAUGGUUGAAGGACGGCAAACCAAUCGACGAGACCUCCGCCAGAUAUAAGUUCAUGAUGGAGGGUACCUCCAGGUACCGGCUCGAGAUCGUCAAGUGCAGCCCUGACGACGCCGGACAGUACCAGGCCCGCGCCGUCGGAUCCAAGGGAGACGCCCUCGCAGCGUUCUACCUUAACGUCGUCGACCACUAAACUAUGGACUGACUGGGAAACCGUAUGGGACCCAACACGGAACCCUGCGGAACACCCACACAAAAAUAACUGGAUGAAACAAUAUUGAGUAUGAGUAACGAUUUUUUUUAUACAAUUCGGAGUCGUUAGUGUGUAAAGCAGUUUUUUUACAUUAUAUUAAAUUAUUAUUUAUUAAUAAACAAUUUACGUUAAGUGUUACACCCUGUCGAAUGCCUAUGAGAAGACCUGGAAGCUCGAAUCCUCGUACGCUCUCUAGUCACUGUUAACUUUUAAAUGUUAUUUAUUUAUUUGUCAACUAUUAUCCGUUGUUAUUUUUUGUUUAUUUAUUGUCCUCUCCUAACAGAUAUGCAGCUUAUUUUAAAAAGCUUGAGUUUAUAAAUGUUGGCAUAGAUUGAUGGCCAGGGUCCCUAGCCGGGUCGCCGCCACCACGACCCGACUUGCGACUCUCGCUCACCAAAAUCUGUAUAAUUAUUUUUAUAUAAAUUUAACUGUAUUAUUUAAUUGUACAUAAUUUAAUUUAUAUCAUGUGACCGAGUAAUUUAUGAAUAAAUAUGUAUACUUAAAAAUAUAACACGUUUUUUAUUUCAAU